GGAUACAGCCUGCAUUUAGACAGUGCCUUCCAUGCUAUCAUGUCGCUGGAGUUUAUUAGUCAAACCUCUGCAUGUAUUACUUACAGUGUAAUCUCUUCUGUAAGUCAGUGCAGAUAAUUAAGAGCCGGAAUUAAACAAAUAUUAUCAUAAUACACGGUACGUUGGUUUCAUUUAGUGUUGAUGGCUUACUUUCUCUCCACAUGUAACAGCCUAACUAGCUAUUAGGCUUUAAGCUAUUAAGUGGUUAUUGUUAUUAAUAAACGCCUUUGUGUAAACAGCUGCUGCAGAGGCGCAGAGUAAAUUCAUCUUAUGAUUCAGAAUAAUAUGUUCCGGUUUGGACUAAACUAACUGCGUUAACAACACCUCUUCACAUUUACUGACCUUGGGCUAUAGGCCCAAAUUAUAUUUCAAAUUAUUUAGAAAUAGACAAAGUCUCAAUGCACCUUUAUACAAAUCCGGACAUUGAUUUAGAUUCCUAAUAAGCAGAGGAAAUAAUAAGGGAGAACUCCCUGAUUCAUCACAGGAUACACGUGGGGAGAGUAAAGACAGUACAGUGUGUUUAAAAAGAUUUCCAGUAAGCAAUAUUUUUGCUUACAGCAACACUCAUAAGAUAUCCAGAUUUUUUUUAACAAAAGCCUUCACAAUGGAGACAUUGACGCACCUCUGUCGGCGCAAAGCCUGUACCCUGCUACCCAGCUUACUGAGCAAAACAUGCAGCAGGAGUCACUACUGCCAUCCACAAGCAUCACAGUGCUCCGCUCGCGUUUCCUCCAAACCACUGACUCCAACACCUUUGGUAUCAAGGAUCUUCCAGCCUUCGAACCUGCGUGAAGGCCAGGAUACCGGGGACAUGACGUGCCGCAGCCAGAGGCUGAUGCUGAAGGCUGGCCUCAUUCACAGCUCCAACCCAGGCUGCUUCUACUACCUUCCUGCUGCUCUGCGCUCCAUGGAGAAGCUAGUGAGACUCAUUGAUGAGGAAAUGCAGGCUAUUGGUGGACAGAAAGUGGACAUGCCAGCUCUGUGUGGAGCCGAGCUCUGGAAGCGGAGUGGGCGAUGGGAGCUCAUGGGGAAGGAGAUGUUCAGGUUGCAGGAUCGACACAAUGCGGAGUACUGUCUCGGCCCGACACACGAGGAGGCAGUGACGGAUCUGCUGGCAUCUCAGAGCACGUUAUCUUAUAAACAGCUGCCACUGCUGCUUUAUCAGGUUACCCGGAAAUUCCGUGAUGAGCAGAAGCCGAAGUUUGGAUUGCUCCGAGGUCGAGAGUUCUACAUGAAAGACAUGUACUCCUUUGACAUCAGCGAGGAAGCUGCUCUGCACACCUACCGCUCUGUGUGCCAGGCCUACGCUCGCCUGUUUGACCGUCUCGGUCUGAGGUGGGUACAGGUGCAGGCUGCUACCGGUAAUAUCGGGGGAACGCUCUCACAUGAGUUUCAUCUGCCAGCUGAUAUAGGAGAAGACCGUCUGCUUAUGUGUGGGAAUUGUGGCUUCUCCGCUAAUGUCGAAACCGUGGAAGCAGGUCAAACUGACUGCCCUCAGUGCCACACGACUCAUCUCACCGAGUCAAAAGGCAUUGAACUGGGACAUACUUUCUAUCUUGGAACAAAAUAUUCCAAAGUAUUUAAUGCCACGUUUGUUAAUGCUCAGAACAAGCCUUCAGUGACAGAGAUGGGCUGUUUUGGCCUGGGUGUUAAUCGCAUCCUUGCUGCAUCCAUUGAGGUGCUCUCCUCUGAGGACUACAUUCGUUGGCCUGGGCUUCUUGCGCCUUAUCAAGUGUGCAUCCUGCCCCCAAAAAAGGGCAGCAAAGCCGGUGAAGCCAUCCACUUGGCAGAGGAACUUGCACAAAGCUUAGGAAACAGCUUACCAAAUCUAAAAGGAGAAGUGGUUCUAGAUGACAGAACCCAGUUGACCAUUGGGAAGCGGCUAAAAGACGCUAACAUGCUGGGUUACCCGUAUGUGGUGGUGGUUGGACAAAAGGCCAUGGAGGAGCAGCCCGUGUUUGAAGUGGUGUGUCAGAGCAGUGGGGAGACAAUGUACCUCAGUAAAGAUGCCUUGAUGCACGUUUUGACUGGAGUUGAGACAGUUUAACACUGUCGAAUCCUCUACAUUUUCAAGCUUUUCAUGCUUUUAGCAUGAGAUGGAUGCUGGGAAUGUCUAAAGCUCUGCAGGGAAGUGGGCCUUCAGGACUAGAGUUGAGAAACUCUGAUAUCUAAACUACUUUGGAGUGCGUAACUUCAUAUGAUCUGAAAUAUGAGAAAGCAUUUAAGAAAGAGUUUGUUUUUUGUCAUUGAUGUAUGGAAGUAUGUAUCAAAUAUGGUGCUUUCCAUGUCUGCUGAUAAUGACCUUCUUUUAAUAAAGCUGAUCGGUUUAUACUAAAAAAAAA